CCAAUAUCUUAAACUGUUCUUGAGUAUGCUUUACGCUUUGUUUGCAAUGUGUAUCUCUUCCUACGUGGCAGUCAUCGUCAAUGACACUCGGCCCGACACUGACCAGUACCCUCCACUCCCAGAUCUAAUUUUGGACAACUUGGCCUACAUGGAGUAUGCCUUUUACUAUGCAGAGUUCUGUGGGAUAUUCUUAAAUAUAAUUUGGCUACUAAUAUUGGUGUUCCACAAGCACAGGUUGGUCUUGAAUUUUAAUCUUAGGAUUAUUCUUAUUCGUCGUUUUUUCACUAUUUUGGGGACGAUUAUAAUUUUAAGGACUGUAACCACCAGGAUUACUUCUCUUUCUGUUCCAAACAAGCACUGGCCCUGCACUGACAAUGUAAUCUGUUGUUGGGCCACUUUAGAUUCUCCGAACGAUCUGUAUUUCCUUCGGUCUAUUUCUUGGUUUCUGAAUUUUAUGGGAAUGUUUUUUAUUCUUGCAUCUCACGAGCACUAUUCGAUUGACGUGUUUAUUGCAUUUUUUGUGGCUUCUCGGAUUGCUUCGUACUACCACGCGUUGAGUAACUGCAGAGUGAAUGAGAUGGCUUACAUGCGCCGGUUCUGCUUUGAGUUUCCACUUUUGUAUUUCUUUGAACAAAAUGACGACUCGAGAGUAUUGAACGAAUAUCAUAUACCAUUUUACGAUUACUUUUGUUCAUUCUACCAAUCCAGACGUGAUCAUUCCGAUUGA